AUCUCACCCCUCCCACUCGCAGCCGUCCUCCUCUUGCCUGUGUUUAGGAGAUCCAUGUCCAUCAUCCACCUCUGGACGGUCAAGUUCGCUGGCACGUCACGUCCGCACUUGAACUUGCAGCAGCUCAGGGGGCUUCGCUUAGACUUUCCAUUCCGGUUUUGAGGUCUUCUCCAAGAAACCAUGAAGCCCAACGCAAGCGUCUUAUCACUACACGCGCGCCUUCUGUAGGCUACUAAUCUCUGUAAUUCAUGUGGGAUACCCGAUGCAUCGCUGAAGAAGAUUUUUACUCUGGACUCUCUGAAGACUCUGGCGCUUCCCAAUGUGAGCCCAGCUGAGACCGUGUCCAACAUGUCUCGCCGCAAGCAGGGCAAACCCCAGCACUUAAGCAAACGGGAGUUUUCGCCUGAGCCCGUGACGGCAGGUAUCCCAGAGGACGGGGAAAGCCAUUCCGGAUCGGAACCAUCCACCCCUAAAGGGGACCAGGACCUCCUCACCUGUGGUCAGUGCCGCUCCAGGUUUCCUUUGGCUGACAUCCUGGUGUUCAUCGAGCACAAACGAAGGCAGUGUCAGGACCACAUAUGCAUGGACAAAGGUUCAGACCUGCCACCGUCGCCUCCACCCCCAGGCCUGCGGCGAGCCUGCGUCCCAGUGGAGGUGGCAGUUCAAGUUUCGCCCCAUGGAGAGGAGCAUUUUGCCUCCAAGCCACAUGGAUUACGGCCCAAGCAGGAGAAUUUAACAGAAAAAGAUGAGCCCAGCAGCUACACUUGCACAACUUGUAAGCAACCCUUCAGCACGGCUUGGUUCCUGCUACAGCAUGCCCAGAAUACUCAUGGUUUCCGAAUAUACCUGGAGAGUGAACCUGGAAGCCCAUUAACUCCUCGGGUGGCCUCUGCUCCAGGCAUGGGCGGUGACUGUGCCUCGCAGCCACCACUACAUGCAGCCCACCUGGCAGACAGUAGUCCCUAUAGACUGAUGAGGAUAGCCAACAGAGAUGGGUCCUUGGUUCCUAGAGAAGGCAGAUAUCCCAGGACACCUCCACUCUUUAGUCCCCCACCACGGCAUCACAUGAGCCCAGACGAUCUGGCUUUGGCCCCCCACCACCCAAGCGCCUUUGACAGAGUAAUGCGUCUUAAUUCGGUACCCUUGGAUUCCCCAUCUAUGGACUUCUCAAGACGACUACGGGAACUGGCAGGUAACUCUGCUGGGUCUUCUCCGCCCAUGUCACCCAACAGGCCUAGCCCUAUGCAACAGCUAUUGCAGCCAUUCCAACCAGGGGCGUCUCAUUCUCCUUCUGGACCUCAUUCAACACCCACUCAACAAACUCCAACCAUGCCAGCUGUGAAAGCAAAAUCUUGUGAGUUUUGUGGAAAGUCCUUUAAGUUCCAGAGCAACUUAAUCGUCCACAGACGUAGUCAUACUGGAGAGAAACCUUACAAGUGCCACCUCUGCAACCACGCCUGUACUCAGGCCAGCAAGUUGAAGCGGCACAUGAAGACUCAUCGGCACAAAUCCUCCUCUACUACCUCCAAAUCAGAUGAUGGUCUUUCAACUGCCAGUUCACCUGAACCAGGCACGAGUGAUUUGCUAAGCAGUGCCACCAGUGCUCUUAAAUCUGUGGUGGCAAAGUUUAAAAAGGAGAACAACAGCAUGAUCCCAGAAAAUGGACAGGAGGGAGAUGAAGAAGAUGAUGAUGAUGAAGAGGAGGAGGAGGAGGAGGAGGAGGAAGAAGAAGAGGAGGAGGAGGGGGAGGAAGAGGAAGAAGAAGAAGAGGAUGAGGAGAGUGAGGCUAGUGAGAGGAAUGAUAUAAUCUUUAGCUUGAGCCUAGAAGGUGCACGUCACCAUGAGAACAAUAGACAGCGACACAUAAAAAAUGCUGAGGGAAUUCAGGACUAUCGAGAUGCCCUAAAACUUUACAAACGAGGGGAUCACAGAUCAGCUAGUGAGACAGGUGGUGAUGAAUCCUCACAAGAGUCUAAUCAAGUCAACAAGGAAUAUGGACCCAUUGUAAAUGGAACAGCCUCCUACCCAAAUGAUGAACUUUCAAGAAAACUUCUUGCCGGUAGUCCAGGAUCUGACAGCCCUCUCUCCAAACGCAUCAAGGAGGAAAAGGACCUUGAUCUUUCAGCUCCUACAAUCCCCAACUCAGAAAACGUAUACUCACAGUGGCUGGCUGGAUAUGCAGCAUCACGCCAGCUUAAGGAUCCUAUUCUCAACUUUGGGGACUCAAGACAAUCACCUUUUGCCACCUCUUCAGAGCACUCCUCGGAGAAUGGAAGUCUAAGGUUCUCCACUCCCCCUGGGGAGCUAGAUGGAGGGACAGCCUCUGGGCGCAGUGGCACGGGAAGUAGGGCCAGUACACCCCACCGACCCAGCUCCAAGGAUGGUCGACGUAGUGACACAUGUGAGUUUUGUGGCAAGGUCUUCAAAAACUGCAGCAACUUGACAGUACAUCGGCGCAGCCACACUGGCGAGAGGCCGUACAAGUGUGAGCUUUGUAGCUACGCCUGUGCUCAGAGCAGCAAGCUAACACGGCACAUGAAGACGCAUGGACAGACAGGCAAGGACGUUUACAAAUGUGAGAUAUGCCAUAUGCCUUUUAGCGUCUACAGCACUUUGGAGAAGCACAUGAAAAAAUGGCACAACGACCAGCCCUUAAGCAUUGAAAUUAAAAUGGAGUAAAUUUUACAAUGUCUUUCGCAGUACUAGAAGAAAAAUAUUUAAAGCACAGCGUCAGUUAAAUAUGCUGGAUGAAAAUUUGUCAAAAUGACUCUGAGCCUCUCUAAUGUGCAAUAACUAAGUGUUUUGUACUUCUUUUCUUACUGGUUGGCAUGUUUUCAUGUGUUAGCUGAAUUGAUAAGAAUUAGCGGUAACACUUUAUUUGAAUGUGUCCUUGUUACAGUGUAAUUAUAUACAUAAGUACUGAGUAAUAUUAAUUAUCUACAUGUAUUUACUAUAUGGUUAGGGUUAGGAUUAGGGUUUGGCUUAAGGUUACUUGCAAGUAAUAAUGCAUAAUUAAUUGUUAUUAUAAUAGUAAAUGCAUGUAACGUGUAACAAGGACACCUUCAAAUAUAGUGUUACUGAAUUAGCUGUGUUGCUGUUGUUACUGUAUUUUAUCAAACAGGACAUGUCAUGCUGCAAACAAUUAAUUUUUACAUAUCAUACAUUGUUGUAGUUGUAUUUUGUCAUUUAAGCCUGUAAUCUCUUGACUACCUACAUUCACACUGGGGUUUACACUGUUCAUUAGGGGUAUAGAUGAAUGUUUAAAUGGUAACAUUUUACUAAAAUACUAAAAGCGUUUGAAUUUUUAUUGUUGCUUGUGAAAAAAAAGAGUGCCUUGGGUGUUUAAUGCAUCUAUGGUUUCUGCCAUUUGCCAUAAGCCUGGGGAUUGUUCAAUGCAAAAUUAGGUUCUUGCAUCAAGUACCUUUUCGCUAAAUGCAGGAAUCCAGCAUAUGUUCUUGUGUAUUUCAUUUACUAGUAUAACAUGUUGUGUUUCUUUAAGUAUGAUUCUUUUUUUGUCAUGUUCAUGUCUUGGUGAGAUUUUACCUUGUGUUUUGGUAUCAAACGGACAGGUACAUUAGUAAGUUUUCUUUUAACUUAGGGUCUCAAUGUUUCUUUGGGUUUCCUAUGAAAGUUUUUUAGAAAGUAGCCCUGAAAAUGUGUUUUACCCAGUAGAUAGCCAGUUAAUUUGACUAUACUGAUACAUUUUUAUUUGGUGCAUGGUACAAAAAGCAUUUUAUGUAAAUAUGUCGAUUUUUAUAGAAUUCAUUUUUUUUGACAAGGUCAUCCACAAAAAAUUAACAAAUAGUCCCCGAAUAAACUGGUAAAGAGUUGACUGGAUUAAAAAUCCUUUAAAUUUUGAAUUAAGCUCAGAUUGGCUAGAAAUAGAAGUAGUUUAGCAAGACCAGUUUUAAAGCAGGAACAAUGUAGGAACGUGUUUCAGGAUAUUUAGACAUUUUUGGAUGAAAGUCUGAAUACCUUACAGUUAACUUGCUUGUAAACUGUUGUGUACUUCCACAACAUUUUCUUUUAUCUAACACUCUUCAGUUUCUAAAGCUAUGUACUGAAUAUACCCCUGUUUAUUAGCAAAGCACUUAGCCACAUUCAUGUAUUUUGUGCCCGUCGAGUUGACAUUCAGACUUGUUAUUCUCUACAUUAUCCCAUAGUGAAGUUUAUGAAUAGCACUUGCCACUGAGCCUAAAACUCUCUAUCUGUCCUGCUAAUCUACGGGCAGGUGGUUGAGUAUAAAACGAAACUGCUCUCUGAUGGCACAGAAAACCUGCACUGCUCAAGUGCUUUUCAUGUGUACAAGAGACACUUAAGAGAUAUUUCCUCUCAUAUGAACAACUUGAUGAGGUGUCAACAUUAUGUGAAAUUUAGUUAGAUUAGAUUUCUAAUCUAAAAAUUGAAGAAUACUGUUCAUUUAGGAGUUAGACUUUAAAUUGGAAGAGUGUAAAUUUGUUUAUCUCAGUGAAUACACUCCAAACCUGGUGAUUGAACAGACUUUUUUUUGUGAUACAUUUAAAAAUGAAUUAAUAAUUAAAUGUUCUGGGAUUUCUUUUUGUAAUACUUCUGUGUUUUUAACAGGAAAAUUAUUUAAAUUGUUCCAUUUUUUUUCCUUUUUUUUUUUUUUUUUGCAGUUCAUCUUUAUUUCUUGGUGGGUUACAAUGUACUAUGUAAAUACUAAAUGUUAUGUACAUUUAUUUUUCUUCUGAUUCUUUUUUUUUCCCUUCUUCUUGUUCUUGUUCUUUUGCAUAAACAGUUCUUCAGGAUCCAUUAUAAUGAAAUUGUAGGAGUACAUUUGGCAUUUUUCUAGGGCUGACUAAUGGUCUGUAAAAAGCUAUUGUGACACACUUCAGUUUGCCAUGUCAGUGUGUAGAGAAGAUCUGGAUUUAAUUGUUCAUCAAGAGUAGUCAAGAUAGUAUUUAUAUAGAGAUUAGAAUUCCAGACUGUUCCUUGUUCACUUUAAAGGUACAAAAUACCUGUAGUGUAGCUCAGCAUGCUGCCACCAUUUUGUGUUUCUUCUUAACUUGGCAGGAUAAUAUAGUGUGAAUCAUUUUAAUGUAUGGAUCUUGAAGAUGAGUUUCUAAGAAAAAGCUAUUUGGGGGUUAUACAGAUAAAAGGCUAUACAAUGGUCUGUUGACGCAAUCCUCUUUGAAAUAACACAAUGAUGAGGAACAGGUGGUUUUAUGAUCUCUGGCCUUUGGAUAUGCAGUAAAGUUUCAUAGUUAGUGGGUUUCCCUCUUUAUUUUAUCUCCCCCACAACCUGAAACAUUCCAGUCAUCUUUGAAAGAAUGGAUGUCAUAUGCAAUGCAAUGAAUCAAGAAUCAAUAAAUACAUUUAAAAUACAUUUUUAAAUACAACUGUACUAUUUGUCUUGAUUUGUUUUUAUUAAUGUCCAAACCCACCCGGAAACUAUGCCCACAGAACUCCUGCAGAAUUCCACAG